AGAGGAGGUGGAGGUGGAGGAGGCGGAGGUGGAAGUCGGAAAGGAGGAGGAGCUGGUCAUUGGGAUGAGGAGGACGAUUUCAGCCUUGAUUUUGCACCCUCUCGUUCCAGCAGACCUGUAAAAGCACGAGGCGGUGGCGGCCGUGCCAGGGGGAGAGAUGCAGGACGAGGGAGGGGCUUUAUUGAUCAAAGCAGAUACGACAGAAGAGAACCAAAAAGCGACAGAAAGCCUUUCCCAAGAUCCCUGGUGACUACCAGGAUCCCUCCAAAGCCAGCCGAUGGACCCAGGCCAGAGGCCAGCAACAUGCCCAUGCAGAGGAUCUUUAUGACCAAUGAGAACCAAGAGCAGCUCAAGGAGUUACUGCUGGAGCUACAGAGACAGGAUUUCGAUGAGCCUUAUGAAGAAUCUGGUUCAGAUUAUUCCGAAGAGGAGGAGAAGGAGGAAUAUGACGAACUGGAUCACCGGGAGGAAGGUCAGUUCUGGGUGACUAACGAUGAGCCUGUCGAGCGAGCGGAGAGUCCUGCUUAUGACCCAGACGAGGACGAGCGUCCCGCGCCUGAACCCGUCAUCUCCUUAUUCGCCAUCGGAAAACUCUGCAGAUACGGCUUUGACAGGGAGCGAAGCAAGCAGGCUCUGGAGUCUGGUGGAGGAGAUUUCGGGGCGACCUUGGAACAGCUCCUCCUUCAAGUCUUCAGCGAACGCUACGGACAGAAAGCAGUUUCCCCCGAUGACCUCCAGGGGAUCCCGAUGGACGAAUGCCUGAGCCAGAGGCAGGAGGAAGCCCUGGCGCUCGCUGCCAUUUAUGGAGAGCGCUUCAGCGAGCGCAUCGCCAACGCCGUGUGGACGGUGUCCCUGGAUCUGCCCUUCCUCUCCGACAAACCUGCCAAAGACCGAGGAGAGGCUGCAGGCAAAAAGAGCCACCAGGUCUGCAAAUUCUACCUCAAGGACCGCGGCUGCCGCUUCGGCGACAGAUGCCGGUUCAGACACGAGCUUCCAGAAGGAGAGAAGUCCGGGGCCGGUUCCUCGGAGCUGAAGGGGCCGAGCCGGCCUGGCUUCAGCAGCUAUUCCCCUCCGGAGUACGAGCUGGAGGUUCGCUUCCCUAAAGGAAACCGCUAUCCCCAUCAGGCGCCGAUAGUGGCCUUCAGCACCAACGAUGAGAGCAUGGGGGCCGCGGGGAGACUCUGCGUCACCGAGAGGUUGUUCGGAGAGGCUCUGGCCGCAGCAAAGAGUGGCGAGCCUGUCAUUUACACCCUGAUCACCUUAUGCGAGGACGAGCUCAGCAUGAAGGAGCUUCUGGCCGCCGGGCACCACAAAUACAGCACGCCUCCUCCUGUAGUGGUACCCCAGCCCACUUCUCUCUCCCUUACAAAGAGUAAGAGCAUGAGGAGCAGCCCCUCGGAGGAGAACAGGAGUAGCAGCGCAAACAGCAGGAGGGCAGCUCCCCCCACAAACCAGAGACCCGCAGACCUGAAGGAGCCCGCAGAGGCAGAGGAGCCUGAAGAGGAGGUGGAGGUCCAAGCUGUCCCGGUUGAGACCGAGAGCUACGUCAACCUGAGGAAGAAGAUGGAGAGCAGGCACAGUCAGAAAGUGGAGAACCUCCUGCAGGAGAACGGCAAGCUGUGUCGAGAAUUCCAGCGAAAACAGUCUUCCAGGCGUUUUAAGUCCAUGCUGGAGCAGAGGAGGAACCUCCCGGCUUGGCAAGAAAAGGAGAACAUCCUGGAUAGGUUGAGCAGCUGUCAGGUUCUGGUGGUCAGUGGCAUGACGGGGUGUGGUAAGACCACGCAGAUCCCUCAGUUCAUCCUGGACGCCUCUUUGUGCGGCUCCGCCGGCCAGGUGGCCAACAUCAUCUGCACCCAGCCGCGUCGUAUUUCCGCCAUCUCUGUGGCCCAGAGAGUCGCACAGGAGCGGGCCGAGUGUCUGGGGAACUCUGUCGGCUACCAGAUCCGCCUGGAGAGCGUCAGGACGUCGGCCACCAGGCUGCUGUACUGCACCACGGGCGUGCUGCUCAGAAGACUGGAGGGCGACGCUGACCUCAGUGGCGUCACGCACGUUAUCGUGGAUGAGGUGCACGAGCGGACAGAAGAGAGCGACUUCCUACUUUUGGUGCUUAAGGACCUGAUCACAAAGAGGCAAGACCUGAAGAUUAUUCUAAUGAGUGCCACGCUCAAUGCCAACCUGUUUUCAGAGUAUUUCUACGGCUGUCCCACCAUCCAUAUCCCCGGACGUACCUUCCCUGUCGACCAGUUUUUCCUGGAAGAUGCCAUUGCUAAAACCGGCUAUGUCAUCGAGGACGGCAGCCCUUUUAUGCGCUCGGGGAAACAAAAUCCGUCUUCCACAAGCGGGCGCGGCGGCAGAAGCGAGCCGAGGGACGUGGUGGACGACCUGGGCGACGACGUGUGGAACUUCAUGUCUUUCUGUAAGAAGGACUUCGUGAAAGACUCGAUCCCGGACCAGCAGCUCGGCCUCCAGGAGCUCACGGUUCGAUACAAAGACACGAAGAAGUCUGUCCUUAAAACCAUCGCUGCGAUGGACCUGGACAAGAUCAACAUGGACUUGGUGGAGAGCCUGCUGGAGUGGAUAGUAGACGGCAAACACAACUACCCACCAGGUGCCGUGUUGGUGUUUAUGCCAGGCCUCGCUGAGAUUAAAAUGCUCUAUGAGCAGCUGCAGUCCAACAGAAUCUUUAACAACAGACGCGGCUCAAGAUGCGUGGUGUACCCCCUCCACUCCACCCUGUCCAACGAGGAGCAGCAGGCCGUUUUCAGCCGGCCCCCCGAGGGCGUCACCAAGAUCAUCGUCUCCACCAACAUCGCCGAGACCUCGGUGACCAUCGACGACGUGGUGUACGUCGUCGACUCCGGCAAGAUGAAGGAGAAGAGGUACGACGCGUCCAAAAGCAUGGAGAGCCUGGAGGACUCGUGGGUGUCUCGGGCCAACGCGCUGCAGAGGAAAGGUCGAGCGGGUCGCGUGGCCUCGGGGGUUUGCUUCCACCUCUUCACCAGCCACUGUUUCCAGCACCAGCUCUCUGAGCAGCAGCUGCCUGAGAUCCAGAGAGUGCCUCUGGAGCAGCUCUGCCUGCGAAUAAAGAUCUUGGACUUGUUCGCCGACCAGCCGCUGGAGUCGGUUUUCGUGCGGCUCAUCGAGCCCCCGGCUGAGGACAGCCUGGACGCUGCCAGGCAGCGCCUGCAGGACCUGGGCGCUCUGACCGCGGACGAGAAGCUGACCCCGCUGGGCUACCACCUGGCCUGUCUGCCCGUCGACGUGCGCAUCGGGAAACUCAUGCUGUUCGGCGCCAUCUUCCGCUGCCUCGACCCGGCGCUCACCAUCGCCGCCAGCCUGGCCUUCAAAUCGCCUUUUGUGUCUCCAUGGGAUAAGAGAGAGGAAGCCGGUGAGAAGAAACUUGCCUUCGCAGUGGCCAACAGUGACCAUCUGGCUUUGUUACAGGCUUACAAGGGCUGGUGCUGUGCUGCGAAGAACGGUAACCAGGCCGGCUACCGCUACUGUAGGGAGAACUUCCUGUCUGGGCGCAGUUUACAGGAGAUCGCCAGCCUGAAGAGGCAGUUCGCCGAGCUGCUGUCUGACAUCGGCUUUAUUAAGGAGGGCUUGAGGGCCAGGGUUAUUGAGCGCUUAUCCUCAAAGGGCACAGAUGGGGUUUUGGAGGCUACUGGAGCGGAGGCGAACCUUAACUCAGAAAACAUCCGGCUGAUGUCUGCGAUGCUGUGCGCGGCUCUCUAUCCGAACGUGGUCCAGGUACGAGCUCCGCAGGAGAAUUACAAGAUGACCAGCAAGGGAGCGAUGAAGAUGCAGCCGAAGGCCAACGAGCUGCGCUUCAUGACCAAGAGCGACGGCUGCGUGCACGUGCACCCCUCGUCUGUCAACUACACGGUGCGCCACUACGACAGCCCCUACCUGGUCUACCACGAGAAGGUGAAGACGAGCCGCGUCUUCAUCCGGGACUGCAGCAUGGUGUCCGUCUACCCGCUGGUGCUGUUCGGGGGCGGCCAGGUCAACGUGGAGCUGCACAAAGGACAGUUCGUCAUCUCCCUGGACGACGGCUGGAUCCGGUUCGCCGCAGCUUCGCAUCAGGUGGCUGAGCUGGUGAAGGAGCUGCGCUGGGAGCUGGACCUGCUUCUGGAAGACAAAAUCAAGAACCCCAGCAUGGACCUGUGCAGCUGCCCCCGGGGCUCUCGCAUCAUCCGCAUGAUCGUCCACCUGAUAACCACCCAGUAACUCCCCGGCUGAAUGACUCAUGAUUUGUUUACCAUCAAGGGCUUAACUGUGGAUCUGUGGCAUGGACUGUAAAUAAACCUGUGUCGUCGCAAAGUGAGAAUUCUGACAUCUUACUUUCCUAAUUAGUAAGGAGACUGAAAAAGGUUUAAAUUAAUUUUAGGAACAGAUUAGCUGGACAUUUGCAGCCUGGUGCCACAAGGGUCUUUAACAAAUGUAUGAAUUUGUUCUGGUCCUGCAUAGAGGAGCUGCGAAAAUGAAAAAUUUGCCUUCAAACAACAACAACAAAAAACAUCUCUAUGCAGAUGAUGAAGUCUUAUUUUUGAUAUCACAAGAUUUUGUGUUUUGAUUCCAAACUAUUACUGCACAAGCACUAACAAACAUUCACUUGAUGUCAAAAAAAAACUUUGUAAGCUGUCGUUUUAUUUUGGGUUGUGUGUGUGUGUCACAACUUACGCAUUUCUUUGGGGUCCAUAUUGGAUUUUUUUUUAAUUCUUAAGUGACUGCAUGCAGAUGUGUAUUUAUUUGUAAUGCAUGAUUGAGAGAUCCAAAAGCUGUUGCGUGGUGGUCAGAUGUUUUCAAAUUGCUGAAUGUAUUUUUCUGCCAACAUGAUGUCAAAACUAUAGUUUAUCAAUGUGAACGAACGCAAGGGCUUCAGAGUCAGGAGGACACGGUGGAGGUUGCCAAAGAAAGCUGUUGUCUUAGCAGGUGAUAAACACCACCUCACAGUGCCCUGCAAAUAAAACCUGGUGAAAACUGG